UAUCUUGGGACUACGGGGGCAGAAGAAACUGCAUAUGGCCACUGUUCCGCCGACAGACCUUACUUUAGGAGCUCUUUGAAACCAUAGGUGUCUCUGAAAAAUUGUACGCCAUGAUGAGCCAUAUAUCUAGCUACCCAGGAAACCUUUCCACAGCAAAAGACCCUGAACAAAACGUUAGCUACCCCAAUAGUAGCAAAGGAUCAGUCACACUACUCCCAAAGAACCCAACAUUACUCGACAUAAUUCCACGAGACGUGGGGCUCGCCGACUCACCACUCGCCACACAACACAGUACUACUACUCGACGCACGGAAAUUACCGGAUCGCUGGAGAACUAUCCCAGAACGGACUGGUGGCUCGGAUAA